AUGUGGCUAGAAAAGCUAAACCCGGACAUAGUUCAAAUUCUCGCCGCAUUAACUGAUGAAGUGGGCAUCGAAAAAUUAGCAGCAAUAGCAGACAAGAUUCUUGAUACCCGACCGACUCAUCACAUCGCCUCCGUCGUGUUGUCAAACGAUUCACUUCCAAACACAAAUCAACAAUUGCAAACCUUAGCAUCAGAAUCGAGGAAACUUUCCCUGCGUCUAGACGACAUCCAAAACACACCAAGCAGAAGUCGGAGCAACUCAGCGACUCGACACAGCAUUCAACGACGACGUUCAACAUCGCGGAGCCCCGACACCAUCAACGUGGUUUUUGCUGGUACCACGAGGUGUUCGGUGCGCGCGCAAAAAGAUUCCAACCGCCGUGUUCAUACCAAAGCACGCUCUCAACCAAGCAACAGGGAAACGACCAGCCUGGCAACAAUUAAAGGCCUCUUCUAUAUCCACGACCGCAACAGCAACCUCAAAUUUCUGAUUGACACAGGCGCACAGAUCAGCGUCAUACCGGUGAGCAACUGUAGCAAGUCGGUAACGACACCCAAGGAAGCUCUACUAAAAUUGCAAGCCGCCAACGGCACACCCAUUAGCACAUAUGACGAGUGCAUUAUGUCCUUCAACAUCGGUCUAAGAAGGGAAUUUACCUGGACCUUCAAGAUAGCCGAUGUUGAGACGCCAAUCCUCGGAGCGGAUUUCUUAGCGCAUUUCAACUUGUCUGUCGAGUUAUCCUCACGCACACUUACCGACACGCGCACUAGCAUACAACGCCGCGGGGCAUUGUCUAGGCAUUCGACGAUCGUUUUGACCGCGCUGAUACCGGGAACGAACGGCUACGAGAAUUUAUUCUGA